AUAAAAAUGCGCUAUAGACACUGACGACGGAAACGAAACCCCCGAAGAUUUGCCCCGACUCUCGAGAUGGAGGAGAAACGACGCGAUGCCGGAACCCUAGCUUCGGCCGGAAGCUCCGGAGAUUCUCCGGCAUCCGAGCCGGCACCACGUCGUCGUGUGAAGCGAAAAUCGAAUGCUCUCGGGACCUCCAAUUCCUCAUCCACUUCUUCGAAGCGGAUGACGCGCGAGAAGGCGAUGCUCGCUUCCUUUUCCCCGGUCCAUAACGGACCUUUAACCAGAGCUCGUCAGGCGCCGAGCAACAUGGCGUCCGCGGCUGAGGUGAAGUCGGAGCUGUUGAAUGCCGUCUCAGGUACCGACGGCGAGAAGCCGAAGGAGGAAGAAGAGAGGAACAAGGCGAUCCGUGAGUGGGAGGCUCUGGAGGCUAAGAUCGAAGCUGAUUUCGAAGUGAUUAGAUCUCGCGGGAGUAAUGUUCAUGUGGUGCCUAAUCAUUGCGGUUGGUUCUCAUGGGGGAAGAUUCAUCCGCUUGAAGAGCGUUCAUUGCCUUCUUUCUUUAACGGCAAGUUGGAAGAUCGCACUUCUGAGGUAUAUACUCAAAUAAGGGAUUGGAUCAUGAGGAAGUUUCAUUACGAUCCAAACACGCAAAUAGAAGUAAAAGAUUUAACAGAACUCGAGGUUGGAGACGCAGAAGCAAAGCAGGAGGUGAUGGAGUUCUUGGACUAUUGGGGAUUAAUUAAUUUUCACCCAUUCCCACAAGCAGAUGAGAGUUCUGGUGCUGGUGAGCGUGAUGGUUUAGGGGAUAAGGAGUCUUUGCUUGAUAGUGUAUAUCGAUUUCAAACAGAUGAUGAGGCUCGCCCUGCUUUUGUUCAAAAGCCUCCUCGUCUCACAGCACAAGCUACUACACCGUCAGGGUUGUUCCCAGAUCCGGUGUCUGCUGAUGACUCGCUGAAGCAAGAGGGUCCAGCGGUUGAAUAUCACUGCAACUCUUGUUCUGCUGAUUGCUCUCUCAAGCGUUACCACUGCCCGAAGCAGGCAGAUUUUGACUUAUGCACGGAAUGCUUUGACAGUGGCAAGUUCAGCUCAGAUAUGUCGUCUUCCGACUUUAUACUAUUGGAGCCUGCUAAGGAUCCUGGCGUUGGUAGUGGGAAGUGGACUGAUCAAGAGACUCUUCUUCUUCUUGAAGGUUUAGAGAUCUUUAAGGAAAAUUGGAGCGAGAUUGCGGAGCAUGUUGCUACAAAAACGAAAGCUCAGUGUAUGCUUCACUUUCUUCAAAUGCCAAUCGAGGAUGCAUUUCUUGAUCAAAUUGACCACAAAGAUCCAAGUAUAAAAGACACUACAGAUGUAGCAGCUGUGUCUAAAGAUGAUAAACCUGUCCCAAAAGAUGCACCUGAAGAGAAAGAGACAGAGAAUACGAAUCCUGUUGUUGAAGUUGAAACUGUGAAGGAAGCUCCAGAAAAAGAAGAUGAGAAUGAAGGAAAAGUUCCUCAGGAGUCUUCAAAGCCUGGAGAUGCGAAUGAAGAAACUAAUGAAGUGGAAGCCGAGCAGAAAACGCCCAAGGUAGAAGCUGUCAUUGAUGAAAGAUGUAAAGAUGAGGCUGGUGAAAACAUUGCUCUUAAAGCUCUGACUGAAGCUUUUGAAGACGUUGGUUAUCCCAUCACACCCGAAGCCUCCGUAUCCUUUGCUGAUUUGGGGAAUCCUGUCAUGGGACUGGCAGCUUUUCUGGUGAGAUUGGCGGGAUCUGACGUUGCUACUGCCUCAGCCCGAGCUUCCGUCAAAUCUCUUAACAGCAAUUCUGGGUUGCUGCUUGCCACAAGACAUUGUUUUGUUCUCGAAGAUCCACCAGAAAACAAGGACUUAACUGAAUCAAAAAGUGUAGAUGCAGUGGGGAACGAUAAUAGUGCCCUAGAUAGUUCCCAUACAGAUGGAAAAAGCCGGAAAGCAGAAGAUGUCUCCUUGAAUUUAUAUGAUAGGGAAAUGACAGAUACUGAUCCAGGCAAAGUAAAUCAGGAUUCAGUCUCUGAAGAAAAGCAACCUGGUUCCCUAACUGGAAAUUCUACUAGAAAUCCAGAUUCUGAAGGACAAAAAGUAUCUCGUAAUGCAGCCGCAACUAAAAAUUCGGAGAAACCACGGGAUAUAAUUUGUACAUUGCAGGACAAAAGUUUAGGGAAGGAGCUCGCAGAGCCUUCAAAGGAUGGUGAUAAGCUUUCUAGCGGAAAUAAAGCUGCCUCUCAAGCAACUGUCUCCCAGGCAGCUACAGAUGCUUCUCAGCCAGAAGCAUCAAAAGAUGUGGAGAUGAAGGAUACAUUACAGUCCGAGAAGGAUCCUCAAAAUAUGGUGAAAACAGCAGGAGAGGAGGUUGAACAGGCUAAGGAGGAUGUUCAUAGUAUGCCAGACACGUCUGUUGCAGAGCAGCCUAUUGGAUCAGCUUCUGUACAGGAAAAUGGAACUGAAGGUAAAAAUCCAAAUAAAGAAGGAAGUAAAGAGAAGGUUGUUUGUGCAGGGACAAAAGACAAACAUAACUCUGAUAGGCUUAAGCGCGCAGCUAUCUCUGCUCUCUCAGCUGCAGCAGUAAAGGCAAAGCAUCUUUCGAAGCUUGAAGAAGAUCAAAUCCGACAACUCUCUGGAUCAUUAAUAGAGAAGCAGUUACAUAAACUAGAAGCAAAGCUAUCUAUCUUCAACGACGCUGAAAGCGUGACAGCGAGGGUAAGAGAGCAAUUAGAAAGGUCAAGGCAACGGCUAUACCAUGAAAGAGCACAGAUCAUAGCGUCUCGUCUCGGUGUCCCACCUUCAGUGUCUUCAAAAGCAUCAUUACCAGCAAACAGAAUCGCUGCAAAUUUUGCGAAUGUGGCUCAAAGACCUCCCAUGGGUAUGGCCUUUCCACGCCCACCAAUGCCAAGACCUCCAGGACCAGGUACAUGAGCAUCAUUAUUCUCUGUUCCUGAAGUUCAGAUCCAGCUCCAGGUUCAGACAGAGUUUCUUGAGUUUAGUGGUUCCACGUGGGGAACUCUUUAUGUUCUAUUUGUAAGACCAGGUACAUUGUCCCAUCUCUUGCGGCUUCAACCUUUGAGCUUGGUUUAUUUUUCUGGAGAUAUAUCGGACUUAUGUAGGAGACGAAGUUAGUUAGGGGUUGUAGACCCAUCAGUUAAUGUUUAAUGUAAGUAACAAAUUGAACAUGUGGGAGAUAUGUGAAUGUGUUUUAUUUAUGAAUCUAAGAAAACUGAGCAGAGAUGUAUGAUUAUGCAGAAGGUUUGAAUGUUUUUAUGGAUUAUGAUUAUCCACAAACGCGUACAUGUAUUAAAGAGUGCCCGAU